CUAUGCUCCAUGAACUGAAGUAACACUGACAUUUGACAUUUAAAAUAGUAUGAAUUAACAUUUUACUUGAUUUUUCUUCAAAUUAAAAUAGUUGCAAAAAGUAUUAUUCUUACGUUCGUUUUAAAUACUGCACAAUGAAUUCGAUAAUAAGAAGAAGUUUUUAUCCAAUUUAUAAUAAUACAUUUAAGUUAUCUCGUCGUUUAUUAGCAGAUGCAACAAUCAAUGAAAAAAUUGAAAAAAUAGUAAAAGAAAAUAAAGUAGUCGUUUUUAUGAAAGGUGUUCCUGAUGCUCCUCGAUGUGGAUUUAGUAAUGCUGUUGUUCAAAUUAUGAGAAUGCAUGCCGUACCUUACGAAAGUCACGACGUUUUAGCUGAUGAAAAACUGCGACAAGGUAUUAAAGAUUAUUCAAAUUGGCCAACAAUUCCUCAAGUAUUUAUAAAUGGUGAGUUUGUUGGAGGUUGCGACAUUAUGCUUCAAAUGCAUCAAUCUGGAGAACUAGUAGAAGAGUUAAAAAAAGUCGGAAUAAAAAGUGCCCUGUUGACAGCUGAAGAAGCUAAAAAAGAAGAAAGCAAAUAGUUCUCUUAACACUAACAUAUUAUUUUAAACUGCAAUAUUAAAUUAUCAAAUAUUAAUUAUCUUUCAAUUUAUCUUGUCAUAUUUAGUAUUUUAUGUUAUUACGAGUAAUAGUAAACAUUUUGUAAACUUUGAUAGGUGAUUGUUAGCCUCAUAAAGUGUAUGUAACAGUGUUUAAAUGUUUGACUUAUAUUGUUAUACAUUUAUUGUACUAUUGUUUCGUUAAAUAAAUAAAAAAAAUAUCUUUCAAUGAGUUAAUUAUAAACUAAAUUAAAAAUCAAUUCUAAUAUCAAAUAUCAAUACACUAAGAAGUUUGAAUAAUGUAAUUUUGAUAAUCUUCUUCUUGAUUUAUUUACUAUGUUUGCUAUUACUAGAUACAAUUUGUGUAAUUGUUAUGUUAAGUUUAUUGUUAUAUUAACUCCGUAAAAUAAUAAACAUAAUUAUACAUGUUAUAAAUAUAGUAGUACAAAAAUUAAGUUCUAACAACUGUUUAUUUAAUAUUGCAGUGUAACCUACUAAAAUUAGAUCUUUUUCGAUAAAUGUUGUUUUAACUUAUUAUGAAAACUAUAAUUCUGGCUUAUAAGACAAGUUUUUAGUGAAUACAAAAUGUCAUUAAACAGCUGAUAUCUUUAAAAAUGGCUUAGACUGGAUUGCAAGUCAAAAUUAUAUAGACUAUUUGGCUAAAAUAUGGGCAUAAAAUUAGAUGUAUUUUACAUAAAAUAUUAGAGGGAUCAUAGCUUGAUAAAAAAUAUAUGUAAAAUAUUAGGAUACAUUAAUAAGUCUAGUCAAAAAGCUCUUUGGAACUUCUUGACUUAUCAAGCUAUUUUUCUAGACCUCAUUCCGGCUCAAAUGAGCUAUGGCUUAUAUUUUUAGGAGCUUUAUCUCUACUUCUCAAUUUUUUGAACUUGUUGACGAGACUAUAGUGUGCAAAUAAUCAAUACUGAUUAUAAUUAUUCAUUUUGCUAAUAAAUUUAACUGAGUUGUGACAUUAUAUUUCUAAUUAUUUUUUAUCUUUGCAGAUUCAAGUUUUAAUAAUUUUUCAAUGAUAUUUACUUUAGGAUUUAUGAAGACAAAUCAGCUCAAUGGUCUUCUUUAGCCGGCUAAAGCUAGAAAUCUAAGACUGUAUAUUAAAUUUUAUAUAUUAUCUGUAUGAAGCUUUUAAGUUUAUUAUUACAAUACUGCUGGUUUGUUUUUCUCGACCUUUCGCAAAGAACAAUUAAUUGUACUUCAAAAUCGUCACUUACUCUACUGAGCAUAUUCAAUUGGAUUAGUUGAAUUGUUAAUAGAAAUAUCUUAAAAUGCUGUUUUAUCAAAUAAUAUUUACAAGAUUUAUGAUACAACUUUAAUUUAGAAUGGUUUCAAAUUCACAAUAUUUUUGUUGAUGUUGUAAUUUUAGUUAUUUAGUGUUUUAUUUAAAAUGAAUUAACCAAUUUAGAUGUAGUAAAAGAAAUUUGUGGAUAACUAAUAAAUAGGUAAUUAAUUUUACCAGUUUUAGAGUGUACACUCUUUUAAAAGUGAAAUAAAAGAAUUUUCUGUUUAA